GGUCACGAGUGGCCCCGGGAGCGCGCGGCGCUGUGUGCAGAUGUGUCGCAGAUUCUGUAAAGUCACUGGGCGAACGGAAGAGCUCGUCGAUGGACACGGCACCGGCUCAAUGGAGCGAAAACGAGACACCGUAGGCGCCGUUCGCCGGGGGCCGGCUGCUGUCUGUCGCGGCUGCAGCUCCAUCUGACUGCGGAGCUGCUUCCAGGGGCGGCGGCGAGCAGCGAUGGAGCUGUCCGCUAUCGGAGAACAAGUAUUCGCUGUGGAGUCCAUCCUCAAAAAAAGAGUUCGGAAGGGAAACGUAGAAUACCUGCUGAAGUGGAAAGGUUGGCCUCCAAAAUACAGUACGUGGGAACCAGAGGAGCAUAUCCUGGACCAGCGGUUGGUGCAACUGUACGAGGAGAAAGAGCAGCGGGACAAAACUCCCGGCCACAGAAAGAGAGCAUCAAAAACCAGAAGAUUCAUUCUGCAGGAUAGGACCUACACCAUGGACCUGCGCAGCGCUCACAAGCCGGCGGAGCAGCCGCCGCCUCGGCUGCGCCUCUCCCUGACCCGGACCCGAGACCCGGAGGAAGACGAGGACCCCAACUACAAUCCCCGCCGACCAAAGCUGGCUCACCGUAAAACUAAACACAGGAGCACGCACGCCCGACGCAUCCCGGCAAGUCCAACUCAAGAUGACUGGAGUACGAGAGAUGAAGCAGAAGAAGAGGAAGAGGAAGAAGAGGAGGAGGAGGAGGAGGAGGAGGAGGACCAGAUGGAGGAGGAAGAAAAGGAUGAUGAAGAAGGGGAUGGGGAACGGGAUGAGGAGGUAGAGGCAGAGGGAUGUGACCAGGAUGCAGAAGACAAUGAACCGUCAGAUGAAGAGGAGGAGCUCCAAAUAGGAAAUACAGAUCAGACAAGUGAAAUGAAUGAAGACCAGACCGAACACCGAAAAGGGAGAAGGAGCGCGUGGGAAUCCUCCUCCGCAGCAGAGAAGCUGGACAUCAUCUGGAGCCCCAUCUUCUCUCCUGGAGAGGUGACGGUCACAGACGUAACUAUUAAAUCUCUGACGGUGACCUUUAAAGAGUCGACGGAGGCCAAAGGUUUCUUCAGAGACUGGGACCUGGAGGUGUGACUGGCUUCCAGUCUGGCCAGUGGAUGUUUACAUGAAACUUGAAAAAUAACAUUUUCUACAUGAUGGAAUGGCGAUGCUCCGCUCGCUCAGUUGAGAAAGGAGAGAAGUUAUUUUGUCAAAAAGAGCAUGAAAUCUGUGGAAUACUGGAGAGCGGCUCUGGCAGCACUAACUGUAGCUUCUUGUCCACAACAUGACACUGACUGGAUGUUGGAGGAGGGAUUUCAGACGUAAAAUAACACCUGACCUUUACUUUGGAUCAUCCAGUGGCCAGUGCUGUUCUUGUAUUUGUGAGUAAAACAGUGACUCUGUAAUCGGCUGGUCUUGAUAGAUGAGCUUCUCUCAUCACGCAGGGGACGUUUUGAUCCUGUUCAAGAGAACAGUGGACAUGUUUGGGUGUGGGACGCACUCAGAUGCCAUGAAUGCUUGAAAGGAUGAAGCUAGUCCAAGCAGUAUUCCACUCUCCGGUCCUCUGAUACAUUUGCUUGUUAGGUCACAGACGACGGUGUCGCAUGAUCAGAAAACGUCUUCUUCGUGAAUGAAAAUGCAGCUGCUUGACUGAGAGAAGAGCCUUCAUCCCUGUAGCACCUUUGUGUCCCACAUGUCCAUAGUCAGGAGAAGCAUGGCUUCUUCCAAUUUGGGCAAGAAUACUUCUUGACCUGUUUGAUUUUAGGAAGCAGAUGCAGAUCCCUUGUUUUCCUCACCUGGGUUGUCAGGUCAUUUGAAAUGUGUCAAAGGUGAAAAGAGGGACAUGAAGUGCCUGAUGCUGACGAGAUUUGACCCACGACAGAAGAAAGACAAUCGUAAAGUCAAGCAUCUACUUGUACAUUAAAACAACCGCAAAACUACACAUGAGCGUUACACAAACGAAACGCGACAGGAUUGUGAACUUUGGACGGGUGACAAAUAAAUGUAUACAUAAUUAUUAUUUUUCUACAUUUUAUAUGUCAAAAUUGUCGUAAUAUCGGUUGCUAUGACGACGUGUAUUCGUACAAGUUCUGUGUCGUCGUCCAGCGUGUUGCUAACGAUUCAACCGUCACGUGCGUCCACUAUCGAGAAGACCCGGAUUGAAAUUAUGAGACCUUCAUCUCUGACUUAUUAAAGUUCACACGCACAAGUUUGUUUCGUUCGUUUUUCAGACGUGAUAGUCGACAACCGGCUUGCUACAUCUUCUCAGUGAUGCUACGUUAAUAACUGUAGCAUAUUCAUUUUUAAAAUGCUGGUACAAGUCAAUGUUAUUUUGUAAAACAUAAAUGGGUUUGGCAUAAACAUUUGAAGUGCAAAAUAAAG